AUUUUUUUUUUUGCAUACCAUUAAUCCGUUGCUUUUUCAAGAGUUUUAUCUUAUUUAAAUAAUAUUCUAAUAAUUUUUUCUUAUUUAUCGCAAAAUAAAUAAUCUCAUUAACUAACUAAUAUGUUAGAAAAUGUCUUCGGAUAAAUUAAAACCACCAGCAAUUUGGAAAAAAGCCGCCGCCAGCACAUCAAAAAUAAUUCCCACCACAAACAACAGCAGCAAGAGCAACAAAAAUUGCAAUAACGAUGAGGAAGAAAGUGCUUCAUCAGCAAAACGAAUUCCAGCAAAACCAAGUUCUUCAGCUACAACAACUGUUGGCACAAUGCGGAGUCAUAGUCCCAGAAAGAUGAAAACCCAAAUAGCAAAACUUGUUUAUAAUCCAUCAACAACAACAGCAGCAGCAUCAACAACAAAUUCAAUCAAUCGAGAUGAUGUGAAUGAAAUCGAAAAGACUGUCAUCGUCGCCGCUGAGGUGGGAGACUUCCAAAAGAAGCGACAAGACCGUGAUAGAGAAGUCAAAGAAAUCCAAGAAAUGCUCAAUGAAAUUACAAAAACUCCAACAAAGCAAAAAAAGGAAACGGUGGCAGUGGUUACGGUAGAUGACCCACCCAAAGUUGUAGUCGCAAAACAUUCACCACCAAAACAGCAGCCAACGACUACUAUUCAGAGAAGCAAGACUGAUACGAACUUACGACGUCCUACAGCACGAAAGAUUCAACCAAGUAAAGAAGCCCAAACAGCACGUUGCAAAUCAGCAAAUGUAGACGAUAAAAACAGUCCACCUAAGCUACGCCAGAAGACAUAUAACUCCGAAGAAGCCCAGCGUUACAUGCAAGAACAGAAAAAGAAAAGAAGAUCUCUUCAAAUCAAUGAUGCAAAGCCAUCAGCAAUUGAUAAAGAUGAAAUUAAGAAGCGUCUGGAAAAUCUUCGUCAAAAUACUCGUAAGAUUGUAGAUAAGAAUGUUAUGAUAGCCAAGAAGAAAGCUGGUUCAUCCACAGAGCCACCCAUUAAUCGGAGGGAAGAAGUCAGAAAUGGAAUGAAUAAGGAACCUGAAAGUAAUUUGAAGCCUUCAGGGAGAGAAGCCUGGCCUGAAAGGGUACUAAAGGCACCGUCUCCACGUAAAAAUGAAGUUAGGAUUGAAGAUGAAAAAGAAAUUCCUGCAAAAACUUCCAGAGUUGAACCAUGGGCAGAUAAAGUAAAUACUGUACAUACAAAGAUGUCACCAACGAACCAUCAAGACCCAAGUCCAUUGGCUGAGAACCACAAGAAGAUUGGUCUCUUGAGGAAGCCGGAAUUCAAAGAUCAUUCCUUCAGUGCCAUAAAGGACAUAAACAUGGACAAAGAAAAUCUUAUUAUAGAUAAUCUUACACCACAAGUAUCAGCAAUUCCCACUUCCAGAUUACAGAUAAAUGGAGAACAACUUCUUUCACAUCAUCUAACACCUCAAAUCUUGGAACAUACUUCAUUAAGAUUCAAAGAGGAUAGCAAAGAACAAUCAGCGUUAAGCAGCAACAAAAGUCUAGAUCGAAAACUAUCAGAAUCAAAUAUAUCCGGGAGAAGCCUUAAGAGAAAAAGUUCUCCCGAAUUGGAUUUGAAAAUCCCAGAAGCAAAACUUCUAUCACGUACAUCGGUACGGGAAAAAUCUGUUCAAGUCGAUCCGAUAGGAUCUUCCAAAGUACAACAACAGCAAAAGAAUACUGAUUUACCUUAUUGGUUAAAGCCAACAUUAGUUCAAGCUUAUCCCUAUAACUUUAUUAUGGCAGUUCGCAAGAAACUUGAAGCUAUUGCGAAUCCCCCAGCUGUUGCGUCAUCUUCAUCCUCUUCAAUGGAACAACAAGUGGCAAAGAAAACUACAACAGAAACCCCAGUUUCUUAUCCAAAAUUCCAGCGAAAUAAUAACGUUAAAAGGCGAAUAAUUGAUGAAGAAGAUAAAUCUCUAUCCAAAUCAGUUGAAAAGUCAUCAUCGAAUAAGGAAAAUAUCGGUGAACCUAGAUUAUCAAGAAGUUUCUCAGAAGUUACAUCCAAUUUCAGUUCAAUAUCAAUACAACUUCCUGAGUCGAAUAAUACAUUAAGCAUUCCCAAACCGAAACCACCACAGCAACAGCAAUUGCAUGACGAUGAUGACACAACGGUCUCUAGUUCUAUAUUUUCAAGUCCCGAGAAGAAAAAGAAGAAUUUCAAUGGAAGAUCAAAUAAUUCUCAAUCAGAAGCAUUAAGUCCUCUUUCUAUGGAUAAUAUUACAAAUUUACACAUUAAGUCCAAGUCAAUGAUGAGUAAUAUUACUCUCGGAAGAGGUGAUCAUUUCGAUAAUUCCAGUACUAUCUCUUCGCAUCGAAGAAAAGAAACUGGUUCGAUUACUAAUAGAUCAGAUGGCAGUGUGAAUUUUAGUCAACUCUUGGAUGAUUUUAAUCGCAGUCUUUCGCAAGUAAUUGAGGUUAAUCAGCAGUUGAAGACAACCCUAGUUAAGUCACAAAUUUUCAGUCCUGAAAAGAAGACUAAUUCAGUUCUUACAACUAAUCGUGUUGAAUUGGCUGAAUAUGUGUCUGAUUUUGAAGAAUCUUCCAAUGUCGAAGGCAAAGUUGAAUCAAAAAAAUCAUAUAAAACACAAACUGAUAGUAGUAUCCAUGAAGUUCGACGAGAAUCUUCAAAACAAUCAAGUGCGAUCAAUACUGAUCAAAAAUCUUCUUCGGUUUCUUCGUCAAACGAAGAAGAAAUUCCAGAAGAAGCAUCACAAAGUUCACAAAAUUCAAUUAAACAUAUCCAAUCAUCAUCCCGAACAAUCAAUCAAUCCCCUAUUUCUCUGGGAACACAGACAUUUACUGUGUCUUCAGAAGAAACAGGAGGGCAAACACCAACAAGAACUCAAACAAUUCAUGAGGAAAAUAUUGACGAAUCACCCAACAAAGAGAAUAUGUCAGGAAAUCAAUAUUCCUUGGAUUCGUUAGAAACUUCGCAGCAUGAUGAUUAUAUCAAAAGUCAUAUAAACACUUCGCGUGGGGAUUAUAAUGAACGAGUUGAAUUACUAUCAGCUGGACCACCACCAAGCUAUAAAGUUUCUUCAGAAUCUCAAGCACGUUCUUCGUCGAAUUUUAUAAAUUCCUCAAUGGAUAGUGAAUUUGUUAGAAUUUUCAAUAAGUCGGACAUGGAAAUAUCUGUGUUGUCAUUGAAUAGGAGUUUAUCGGAGUCGACUGUAAAUUAUUCGAGUAUUGGAAUGUAUGAAAAAUUGAUACAAAAUGAGACGAGUAAAUCAGAUCAUUUAGCUGCUUUGCUUAAAAUGCGAGAGAAAGCUUUAAUCGAUCGUACUAAAGGUCAAAUUGCAUGGUUAGAAGUACAGAAGGAACGCUAUAAGACAAAGGGUUUGGUACUUCAGAUAUCAGCUGUUAAGAAGAAACAAAGAGGAAUUCUUAUGAAAAUGGAAAAAGAAAGAGAGGAAAUUAAAAAACUACUGCAGCGUACAAAAGUUCAACGAGACGACAACAAACUUCGAAUACCAGAAAAUCGUCCUUUCUUGGAUGUUUCUUUAUUGCAACAACGACGACCAUCAUCAAACCAGGUAGCAUCUGUGUCACAACAACAAAAGCAACAACAGCAACAAUAUCAAAAUAAUCAACAACAAAGUAAUAGUGUGCGAUCAACUAAAUCCUCAUCAGCCAUUGUGAGGGGCUACGAAUUAGAAACAAGUCGCAGCUUGGAGCAGCUAUUGCAAAAACGUGAGGAAGAUCUGCGCCGAAGGCGAGAGCAUGUAGAACGUCUGAUGGAAUGGCAUCGACGUUUAGAUCAAGAGGAAGCCGAAGUUCUUCAGCUUGAAAGAAUUUUACUCGAUUACAAUAACGUGCAUGUUCAGCAACGACAAGAACAACAGCAUCAACAAAAUGAAAAUGUCGCUAUCCAAGAAAGAAAUCCUAACCAAACCAAAAUGGAGAAAAAACUUCGUGAAAUCGAUCGAAGUUUACGAGAGUUGAGUAGCAUUUCAGGAGCGGAUGGAAGUACUGAUGCGUGUGUUCAGGGCUCUGGUGAAUUUGUUCGCACAAGUGGUACUAAAUUAAAUAAACUCUGGCGUCGACUAACAAGUCAACGCAUUGAAAAAUUCCUACCCAACAAAAAAUACAAACUAUGCAAAGCUGAUGUUGAGCAACUUUAUGAAGAUGCCAAAUUGGCGGUGUUGCAUGAUUUCGGUGAGAAUGCUGGCCAAAUGGAAGUCUUCUUGGGUCAAACGUCAAUUAUUAGUACACCACAACCGUCCAACAAUAGCAUGGAAAUACCACAAUUGAAUUUGAAUUUUAGUUCUGGUGGACAAUCUGAGGAGGAUAUUAUGAUGCGUGGUAAUUAUAGUCCAAGUGCAGCUGAAGAAGGAUUUCAUGUGCCAUCGACUUCGAGUCGUGAUGUGUUAUCUGAUGAGUCUAAUUCGAAAAGAAGAGGAAUAUCUAGAAAUUCUUCAUCUGCUUUGCAUUCGAUGCCAGAAGGUUAUAGCUCCAGUUGUAGCAGUCAAAGAAGAUUUGAUAAUGAUGACGAAUCGAAAACAAAUAAAUUCAAAAAUACUUCGUCAGAUGUGGAUUCGAAAUCGGUUUUUAGUACUAAAAGUGCUAAUGUGUCAAAACUGUCUAUUAAUUAUGUGUUAAGUUCUAAAAAUGAUGUUGAUCAAAGAGUCUCAGGAAUAGAUUCAACAAAGAAUGAUAACAGAAUUGAUAUUUCUGAGAAUUCACAGACUCUAAAGUUUAGUACUAAAAAUGAAAGUGUGCCAAACGAAUCACUUUCAAGUCAAAUUGGAACAAUAAGUACUAAAACUUCUUUAUCGCUUCCUCCUUCUAAAAGUGACAUACCAGAAAUCCUUGAAGAAGACAAUACACAAAGCCAUCAAAUAGAUUCUCAAAUCGAUGGCAAUUCUACUUUGAGUAGAAGAAGUACUAAGCCACGAGAAAUCCUAUCAAAUAUUGAAGAAGACGUUAUUAGUACUGCCCCAGAACUUACUUCAAAUGCGGCCGAAAGUAUUGAAACUCUUAAUCGAGUCAAUGAAAGUACAAUAGAUUCUUUGUCAGAGGUCUCUAAAGGUACCAGUGUACCUGAAGUGGAUUUUAGUACUAACUCAAGAAGCUCUCAAAUUUACUCAAGUUACAAUGCGAAUGCAAACGAAAAUGUUUCUAAAUUCAUUGAGAGUACUAAAACUGGUGUUAGUACUGCAAGUAAUUUGCAAAGUCAAUUAGAAAAAAGUGUUCUAAAAACUCAAACAAGCGAUAUAACUGAUGGAAAUGUAACCAGCUUGAUAGCGAGUAUUUCAAAAUGCUCUAAAAACUCUUCAGAUAAUGUGCCAAUCACUAAGACGACGAAUCAAUUAGAAAGUGCCUCAAAUAUAAUAACUCCAUCGGAGAGUCUAAAACAAAGUUCUAGUUCAAUAAAAAGUCAAACUUUGAAUACCGCAUCGAGUACUAAAUCAAAUACCUCAAAGGAUAAUGUUUCGAUCGAGACUAAACCAUCAACAAAUUCACAGACUGAAAGUAGAAGCUCUAAAACAGAAAUUGAAGAAAUAGCUCAAACCUCCAAUAAUGAAGAAAAAACCCCGCCCACAACAAACGAAUCACGAAAAUCUUCCGAAGAAUGUGCAACAGUUUCCAUAUUAAAAUCCCUUCUAAACAGCACUUAUAACAGUAAUUCAAUUUUUAUAUCAAAUCAAGCUUCAAAUACUGCCAGUGACAUUCAAGCACAACUCCGAACGAAUGGCCAUGAUUUUUCAAAUUGGUCAAACACCACGAAAGAAGAUUCUUCCCCCUCAUCCAAGGAUGAGCAGCAACAGCAAUCAUCAAUAGCAACCCAAGUUUCUGAUGAAACUACUUUAAAAAGUAUUAAAUCCAUUGACAAUAGUACAAAUUCAAAACAUUCAAUACAAGAUCAUCCUCCUACUCCAGUUUCAAAGUCUGCAAGUGAAGGAGAUAUCAUCCAUCAUUCAAAUCAGCAAACUCAUAAUGAUUCGAAAACUCCUGAAGAUAACAACUAUCAAUCGUAUUCGUCGGCAUUUGAAGAAGAUUCUUCAAGCUCCAAUCAGAUGCGUUCAAGUGUAAUUAUGAGUAUUAAAUCACCAACAUCUCAUCAGAUUGAAUCUGAACCUCUUACAAAUGCAUUUUAUGAAUCUGAUUUUACGGAAGGUGAAGAAACUAAUAUCGAUGAUAUUUCUUUGCCUAAAUUCGAGUCUACCGGUGAAGAGGAACAAUUUAAUGAAUCUCAGUUGGAAGAGACAGCAGUGAAUUCAACUGAUUUUGAAAAACGUCUGAUUGACUUGGAUGUGAGUUUAAAAGAUUUAGAUGCGACUUUUGAGAAGGCCUUGAGUCCUGAGAAAACAUUAAGUCCGCCACGAGAUGAUGGAAGUAGCAAGAGAAAUCAACAACAACAACAGAAUGAGAGUGCCUUAAUGCCAGAUAUAAUUAGUGAAGUUGAAUUGCGACGUCGUCAUCAGGCUAUGCUUGAAAAUGAGCUAAAGCAAUUUGAACAUGCCGUUCCUUAUAUGUACGUCCGUGAGAUUCCCAAUAAACCACCUCCACCGUAUGUGCCUCCUGCCCAUGGCAGCCCAAUGACCACAAUAUUUCCAUCUGAAGAACGAAUCAAAGAUAUUACAUUUCGACGAACGAAAGAGUUAUAUUAUGAGAUUCUUAAUAUAGAUACAAAAGACGAAAACGGAAUAAAACCACCUUCCGUGCUGGACGAGAACAUAACAAAUAUUUACGAAAGAAUAAUUUUAGAUAUUUGUAAAGAAUAUCUAACCGAAUACAAACCAAUACUUACCUCAGCCGAUCCAAAUAACUUCCAUAGUUCGUUGGCAUUCUUUAAUCCACCCGAUCGUGUUAAAUGCAUGCAAGAGUUUAUAUACAAAGAAGUUAGAAAAAAUCUAGCCAUGGAUAAGAAUACAACAGAAAAGAGUCAAUUAUAUUCAGUUUAUGGACAUCGAGGAAAGAGAGAUCAUAUUGGGGAGAUUAUCAUCCAGGAGAUGUUUGAAGAAGAUAAUAUUUGGAGUAAUUUUUAUAUAGAAGAAGAGGAAGUCUUAGAGUUGAUUAUAGAUGAGAUGAUUGGCUCUACAGUCAGAGAUAUUUGUAUUCGAGUAUUGGAAGAUGAGGUUCCAAGAGAUUCGAUUACACCAACAGCUGAUAAUGCUGAUGGAGAUGAAAGUGUGGAAAUGCGCUGUAAUAAUAGUACUUAAAAAUUUUUUUAUUAUUCAUGUUUUUUUUUUAUUUUUCAUUUUAAAUUUCUUAUUUUAACUUAUGAAUUAGUUUGCCGUAUUUUUUAAUUAUUAACUAUAAUUAUUAUUCUUGUUAGUUUUUAAGGUUUUAUUUUGAAUUUUAAGUUUUUUUUUAUUUUCCAUGAUUUUUUAUUGGAUAUACAAGUCAAGA